UUAUAAUUAAAGCGAAAGAGAACCCCAAAGAUUCAUGAAUCAAAGAUCCUCCUUUAGAUUCAAUUCACUCUUUGAAAAUUCUUCCAUCUUCUCCCCCCCAAAGAUCCAUCUAGAUUUCAUUUUCAACCUUUCCCCCCUGUUUUUCAAAAUUUUGGCGCGAAAAAUUGGACAUGAGAGUCGAAGUAAUCGAGGGAAAGGAUUACGAGGCGUCCGAUGACCUCUCCCCGCCGCCUGAUUAUCCGAUAAUCGGAGACGAUAGCGAGAUCAACGGCGAGCAGCUGUUCGUGCCUCCCUUGAAUUUCGCCAUGGUCGAUAAUGGAAUUUUCAGGUCUGGCUUCCCUGAUUCCGCCAAUUUUAGCUUCUUGAAAUCGGUAGGGCUCCGUUCCGUCAUAAAUCUUUGCCCUGAGACCUAUCCGGAAGCAAACAAUGAGUUCUUAAAGGCUAACGGAAUCAGGCUUUUCCAAUUCGGUAUCGAUGGAUGCAAGGAACCUUUUGUAAACAUUCCAGAGGAAACAAUCCGAGAAGCGUUGAAUGUGGUCCUCGAUGUAAAGAACCAUCCAGUGCUAAUCCAUUGUAAACGGGGAAAGCACCGUACCGGUUGUGUUGUGGGAUGCUUAAGAAAAUUGCAGAGAUGGUGCCUGUCUUCGAUUUUUGACGAGUAUCAGCGUUUUGCCGCUGCAAAAGCAAGGGUGUCUGACCAGAGGUUCAUCGAGAGGUUCGACAUUUCCAGCAUGAAGAAUAUACCGAUAACGUUUUCAUUUUCAAAGAGAGAGAAAGUUGAGCAUUGAAUUUAGCUUCAAGUUUCAAUAGCUAUGCCUAC